UCUUUUUUACUUUUGAAAAAACGGCCAACAAUUACACCGUUUCAACGUUGCGUCGUCUGUCAUUUGAAAGUAGUCAUCUUUUCUAUCACUAUGACCUCAAAAAACUUAACAGCCCAGUUUGGAGAUAUACUCAAACCGCUGAAAGUGAUUCUACAUGGACCUCCAGCCGCAGGCAAAACUGAUAUUGCGAAACGCAUAUGUCAACGGUACGGGGCCCAUUAUGUGUCUGUAAAAUCUAUGAUAGAUGAAACGUUGGAAGACCUGAGACAAAAUAUCUGUGUAGCUAGAGAACAAGCUUUAUUAAAGUCCUCCGGCACCCCUAGAGACACAGGUUCCGACGAAGACAUUGACGAAGAAGAGGAGGAAGAAAACGAAGGAGACCCAAUGAUCGACAUUCAAGAGGAAAUCGAAAGAUACGAAGAACAAAUUCGAGACAUUAAUAGUUUGAUUAGUUCUAGCCCUAAUCAGAAAUUACCUGACGACUAUGUUGUCCGCUUAAUGCGUAUAUUCUUGAUGAAAUCCCAAUGCCAGUCCCAUGGCUAUGUGCUAGAUGGCUUUCCCAAAACCAUACAACAGGCAAAAGAAUUAUUUGGGCAAGCUGCCGAAGUUCCAAGAGAAUCGGGCGAGGCCAAAAGUACAGUUGAAGCAGAAGAAGCUGCAGGAGAAGGCGGUGUUGAUAAUUUAGGAGACAUGAUGGGCAAUGCAAGUGUGGAUAUUAUGCCAGACUUUCUCAUAAGUUUACAAGCAGACGACGAAUUUCUCUGUGAACGGGUUAUGAAGUUGCCACAAAGAGAGAUUCAGGGAACUCACUAUGAUGAACCAAACAUGAUUCGAAGACUCAUUGACUUUCGAAAUAAUAACACUCCGGACAACACAGUUUUGACCUUUUUUGACGAGGUUGAAAUCCAUCCUAUUGUGCUUGAUAUAACUGAAGAAGGUUUGGAGGAUAUCGAAUGUAUACUAGCGUUUUUGUACAAAAUGUUUGGACCACCUAUACCGGGAAUCGGUUUAACGGAUGAAGAAGAAGAACAGCUGCGAAAGAUGGAAACGGAACAAAGACGUCUCAAGCAAGAAGCAUAUUUAAUAGAGAAACAGCUAGCGGAAAAUACUGCCAGGCAGGACUACGAAGAUAAAAUGGAAAAAUGGGCGGAAACGUUGGAAAAACUCCAAAUGGAGGAAGAAAAGAUCAUUGCGGCUGAAAGCGAACCAUUGCGAUUUUACUUAAUGAAGUUUGUAUUUCCGACACUAACUCGAGGUUUGUCAGAAGUAGCGAAAAUCAAGCCGGAUGACCCUAUUGAUUACCUUGCAGAGUUUUUAUUUAAAGAAAACCCCGAGGGCAGAAUGUUCGAUCCUUCGUAUACGAGAACGGGCGAGGAACUACUAAAACAAUACGAAACAGUUGUACAAAAUAUUUAAAAUCUUUAUAUCAUGA